AUGGGAACUGUCAGAGACAUUAGAGUUCGCAAUUUAGGUCUGCCAAUGACUCAUGAGAAAAACAAACCUUUGGAGACUUCUGUACUGUAUUCGGAAAUCCCUGACGGCGGCUAUGGAUGGCUUAUUGUUUUUGCUUGUUUCCUUUUAAACUUUACUGCGUGGGGUGCAAACUCGGGAUUCGCUAUCUACUUGUCGUAUUACUUGAAUAACGACACUUUCGCUGGUGCAGACAAAUAUGACUACGCAUUAAUUGGAGGCUUGACAUUCGGUGUGGGCUUAGUAUUUGCUCCAGCUAUCAACUACAUCCAGGGUAGAAUUGGGAUGCGUCCCACCAUCAUCUUGGGCAAUUGUUUCCAAUUUGCUGCGUUGAUGAUGGCUUCUUUUGCUAAACGUUUGUGGCAGCUUUAUCUCACGCAGGGUCUACUUCAGUCAUUUGGACUUGCCUUCAUUUAUCUUCCUACUAUGACCAUCUUGCCCCAAUGGUUCAAAUACAAGCGAAGCCUUGCAUCUUCGAUAGCAGCAGCUGGUUCGGGAUGUGGAGGAUUGGUGUUUAACUUGGGAAUGCAAAAAGUGUUGGAGGCCAAGUCGGUCUUUUGGGCUUUGCGUGUACAGUCUAUCUUGUGUUUCUGUCUUACUUGGAUCUCAAUUUUUCUUCUUAGAUCCCGAAUUGAGUCCAAGAAUUCUUUGUAUGACUCAGAGAUUAUGCGCAGCGUCGGUUUCUGGGUCUUCUGCUUGUAUUACAUUUUCUGUAUGCUAGGUUAUGUGAUCGUGUUAUACGGAAUGGCCAACUUCACCACAUCUUUGGGCUACACUCCAUACCAAGGCUCGAUAGCCUCGGCAAUGGUUCAAGUUGGAAACUUGGUUGGUAGACCUAUUGUCGGGCAGCUUUCCGACAAGUUUGGUGUUAUGAACAUAACUAUCUGUGCAUACGUUCUCUGCGGAGUGUUUUCAAUCGCUAUGUGGAUCCCUGCUAGAAAUUUUGCUACUGUUAUUGUGUUAUGCUUGAUUUUGGGUAGUAUGAUGGGAAGUGUUUUCGGAAGCACCCCACCUAUUUUGGCUAGGCUUGUAGGCUUGCGAAAUGUGGGUGUUGGAGUGUGUAUGUCAUGGCCAUUUUUGGGUUUGGCUGGGCUUGCUUCACCUGUGAUUGGAAUUGCACUAAAAUCAGGAAACCAUGGAUUUGUGGAUCCAGAUCAGUACGUGAACUCCUCCGUUUUUGCUGGAGUUGCGUUUUUUUGCUGUAGUGCCAGUCUUUUGAUUCUUCGGGGCUACUUGAUUGCAAGAGCUGAUUUGGAUGAUACUGAUGCUGAUCACGGCCAUCUCCAUCUUAUUGUUCCAGUGCUUGAGCCAUUCAGACGUUGUAUUCGGCCAAUCAAAUUUUGA